CUAGCCUAUAUAUCUCUGUAAAAGCCUCUUCUUCACCCAGCGUGCACUGUGAUGGCAGUACUCACUGCGCAUGCGCACACAAUCACAAAAAUGCCCGCUGCCUGACAGACAGUCGAAAGCAAAUCAGCUGAAGCAAUAUGGCCAGCUAGUUUCUCUCUCUUUCUCUCUUUCUUUGUGCCGGUUGACGUGUGAGGUCAGAGGUCAUGGCUGUGGAUUGUGGUGUGUUCGUGGACUGGUCUCAGAUGGACGAUGUGUCUCGCGACGCGGCUCCCGGUAAGACCGAAUAUAAAGACAUAAAGGAGUUAAAACAGCACGCACGCUCGGGCCAGUGGGGCAAAAACCACAGCCAGCGCUCAGCCGUUUACCAGCACCUGCUCAAAGCCCUCCCGUGCCGUACCGUCACCCCGGAUGCCGAGGUCUACCGGGACAUCAUGGGGAAUUCAAACAGCAAGCGCAACCCAUCCGCGUACCUGUUGCCGGAGUUCGUGGACGGGAUGGCAGUGCCGCGUUACUGUCUGAAGGCCGAAUCCGUGGGAUCGGUGCAUGCUGUGAUCUCCUGCGUGGCAGGGCAGUUCCCGGAUAUAUCGUACUGCCCGUGUUUGCCGGCGGUGACGGCGCUGUUGCUGCACUGGAGCGCGGAUGAAGCUCAAUGCUUCGAGAGCGUCAGCCGCAUGUUAGCUUGCAACGAACCCGGGCGGCGUUUGUUAGAUCAGACUUUCCUCGCAUAUCAAUCGGCCUGCAUGACCUUCGGUGACCUCGUGCAUAAGUACUGCCCUGCUGCGCAUAAGCUGAUGGUUGCCACUGCGACGGACGUGCUGGAGGUGUACUCUGAUUGGCAGAGGUGGGUUCUGGGCGACCUUCCCUUCAGCUUCGCUGCGCGCGUGAUGGACGUGUUUUUGGUGGAGGGGUACAAGGUUCUUUACCGCGUCGCACUGGCGAUAUUGAAGUUUUAUCGCAAGCAGUGUGUGGCUUCCGGCUCGGCCUUAACCAAGAAGGAGUCGGCGGCGGUCAGGAGUGAAAUUCAGACCUUCGUGCAGAACAUCGGGAAAAGCGUGACGCCGGAAAAGCUGCUGGAAAAGGCUUUCUCCAUCCGCCUGUUCAGCCGCAAAGAGAUCACGCUGCUUCAGCUGGCCAAUGAGAAAUCACUCCAGCAGAAAGGCAUCACCGUCAAACAGAAAAGGCAAAAUGUCCAUUUAGCCGUGAACGCAGAUAAUUUCAGCUCCGAGAUCGUCGGCGCUAAAGAGAUCCGAGAUGUCUGGUCGUGGAUCCCGGAGCGUUUCGCUUUGUGUCAGCCGCAGCUUCUCUUCACCACGUCCACGCACGGCUGCAGCCUGAACCGGUUUUAUUCACAUUGUGAGGGAUACGAGCCGACACUAAUGCUCAUCAGAACUACAGAUGGAGAGGUGUGCGGGGCCUUCCUGUCCACUGAUUGGGAGGAGCGGAAGAGAGGCGGGAACAAGCUCAGCUUCUUUGGCACUGGAGAGUGUUUCGUCUUCACAAUGAAGCCAGAGAUGGAGCGUUAUGAGUGGGUCAUCAUCAAACACCCAGAGCUGGCGAGUGCGGCCCAGCCCGCAGGCGAUGAACACACCGGUGGCGAAGACAACGGUGGACCUCUAUCUCUAGAGAAACCAGCCACAGACCCGUCUCAGCUGUCCCCGUUCCUGUCUGCUCGACACUUCAACCUGAACUCGAGGAACACCUCCAUGUUCAUGGCAGGAAACGUCGACUCCAUCAUUAUCGGAGGAGGGGAUGGUAACGCUCUGUACAUCGACUCCGAGCUGAACCACGGCCGGACCGAACGCUGCCUGACCUUCGACAACCCUCCGCUGUGUGCCGAGAGCUUUCAGAUCGCCCUGCUGGAGGUGUGGGGCUUCAGAGACGCCAUGGCAUCAUAAGAGCGGCUCUCCACGUCUGCA